AUGGAAACGACUUUCGCUGAAAACAAUUGGUAUGUCACGUUUGACUCUCGGCAGGUGAAGAGUGAUGAUCAGAUCUUUGGGAUAUCACAGCGGGUGGAGAGUGAUGCUACUCCACAAAAACCUCCAUUUUUUCUUCUCUCUCUUCGUCUCUGCUUCUCCCCUUCGAUCCCCAAUCCAUGGCGGAGACUACCACCGCGGCGCGCCCCGUCCCGCCACCGCCGCAUCCCCGACGGGCCCGACGGCGUCCGCAAUGACGUGGAACCCCGAUCUAAGGUUGAGGCUUCGAAAUGCGUGGUUCCUAUCGCCGCCUCGAUCGCCCCGAUCCGAUCCAGUCCCGAUCUCGUCACCCUCCCCUACGCCCCUCUCCGAUGCAAGCCCCCGUGCUCCGCCGUCCUCAACCCUUACUGCAGCGUCGAUUUCAACGCCAAGAUCUGGAUCUGCCCUCUCUGCUUCUCCCGAAACCAGUUCCCCCAUCAUUACGCCGGGAUCUCGGAGUCCAAUGUCCCCGGAGAGCUCUACAAUCAGUGCUCCACCGUCGAGUAUGCCCUCGAUUCGUCGGCCGUGGGCCCCGCUCUGCCGCCGGUGUUUCUUUUUGUCCUCGAUACGUGUCUCAUCGAGGAGGAGCUCGAAUUUGCGAAGGGCGAUGCGGCGGGCGAGUUGGCAAUGCGGUGGGCGAUUGGAUUGCUGCCCGAGAAUGCCCUAGUUGGGUUGAUUACUUAUGGGACGCAGGUGCAUUUGCAUGAGUUGGGCUUUGCCGAUAUUUCCAAGCUGUAUGUGUUUAGGGGGACUAAGGAGAUCUCGAAAGAUGAGAUCUUGGAACAGUUGGGACUGUCGUUGGCGGGGAGAGGGCUUGUGAAAGGCGGUGUGCAGCCAAAUGGGAUGCCGAUGGUGCAGCAGCAGAAUGUGAUGGGGUCUUCGUCGGUGAAUCGGUUUCUGUUGCCGGCUUCAGAUUGCGAGUACACGCUCAGUGCUUUGUUGGAUGAGAUGCAGACGGAUCAAUGGCCUGUGGAGGCUGGGCACCGGGCUCUGCGAUGCACGGGUGUCGCUCUGAGUGUUGCUGCUGGACUGCUGGGUGCUUGCUUGCCGGGCACUGGGGCUAGAAUCAUAGCCUUGGUUGGUGGGCCGUGUACUGAGGGCCCGGGGAUGAUUGUGUCUAAAGAUCUCUCAGAACCCGUCCGCUCACAUAAAGAUCUUGAUAAAGACGCAACUCCGCAUUUUCACAAAGCCGUGAAGUUUUAUGAUAACCUUGCCAAACAGCUGGUUAGCCAGGGUCAUGUUUUGGAUGUUUUUGCAUCUGCACUCGAUCAGGUUGGGGUUGCAGAGAUGAAAGUUGUUGUUGAAAGGACAGGUGGUCUUGUUGUUCUAGCAGAGAGUUUUGGUCAUCCGGUUUUCAAAGAAUCUUUCAAGCGAAUAUUUGAGGAUAGUGAAAAGUCUCUUGGCCUUUCAUUCAACGGUACACUUGAGAUCAACUGUUCUAAGGACAUCAAGAUUCAGGGUAUCAUUGGUCCAUGUACAUCUUUGGAAAAGAAAGGAGCUCUUUGUGCUGAUACAGUGGUUGGGCAAGGAAAUACCAGCCAGUGGAAAAUGUGUGGACUAGAUAGGCGUACUUGUUUGACGGUAUUCUUUGAUAUAUCACCCAGUGAUAAAUCAAAUCAGCCGGGAAUUCCAAAUCAGCAGUUGUACAUACAGUUUGUUACGAAUUACCAAAACUCUGAAGGUCAAAUGAGGCUACGAGUUACAACUGUUAUGAGAAAAUGGGUUGAUGACUCUUCUAACACGGAGGAAUUGGUGGACGGGUUUGACCAAGAGACUGCAGCUGUUGUACUAGCAAGAUAUAUCUCCUUGAAAAUGGAAAUGGAGGAAGAGUUUGAUGCAACGCGGUGGUUGGAUAGGUCACUCAUUCGUCUAUGUUCACGGUUUGGUGAUUAUAGAAAAGACGAUCCUUCUUCUUUUGUAAUUAACCCAAAUUUUUCACUAUUCCCACAGUUCAUGUUUAAUCUGCGGCGGUCGCAAUUUGUACAGGUUUUCAACAACAGUCCCGAUGAAACUGCUUAUUUCCGUAUGUUGUUGAACCGGGAAAGCAUUACCAAUUCUGCUGGCAUGAUUCAGCCUUCACUGCUUGCCUAUUCUUUUAAUGGACCGCCAACUCCUGCGCUAUUGGAUGUAGCAUCUAUUGCUGCAGAUCGGAUACUCUUGCUUGAUGCAUAUUUUAGUGUUGUUGUUUUUCAUGGUAUGACAAUUGCUCAGUGGCGUAAUUUGGGUUACCAUAAUCAGCCUGAACAUCAGGCUUUUGCUCAGCUAUUGCAAGCACCGCUAGAUGAAGCACAAAUGAUCAUCAAGGAUCGUUUUCCAGUUCCCAGAUUAGUUGUCUGUGAUCAACAUGGCUCUCAGGCGAGAUUUCUAUUGGUGAAGUUGAACCCAUCGGCUAACUACAACUCAGCGCAUGAGAUGUCUCCAGGUGCAGAUGUAAUCUUCACAGAUGAUGUGAGCCUUCAAGUAUUCUGCGAGCAUCUCCGUAGGCUGGCCGUGCAAUCGUGAGGAACGCAUCAAAACUGUUAAAAAUCUUCUUUUCUCCUUCUAAGUUUGUUUCUCCUUUUCUUUUACCUCAGCUUAGGUCGGAAUGUUGAUAUUUUUAGGAGUUCUUAGAGUCUGUGUUGCCUCUCCUCGCUCUCCCCUUCACAUAUUUCUUGUACCAAACCAGUCAGUUCUAUGACAAAUAAGAUUAUACGAUGUUAAGUUCUUUUUUGGAUAUCCUCAAAUAGGCAUUAGAUCCAUGUAUUUGAAUUUUUAGUUUAAAUACCUCCUAGACUGGGAAUUUAGAACGAAGUAAUGUCCUUUUUCAUUU